UCGUUCUUUGAGAAGGAACUAUUCCCCCCCUUAAAUAAUACGAACGAAUAUGUAUGAACCCGAUUAUGGGCAACAAUUCAACCACUCACUAAGUGCGAAACUGACCUACUUCACUCAUUAUUAUUUUUUUCUAUCCUUCCGCAAAUAAAAAAUAGCACUGGUAUUAAAUGCAUAGACGCAGGCGCUUACGUCUUUAUUCAGCCCGGCGAGAAAGGAGCGAACAUUGCAUUACGUUCUAGCUUUGUUCUAGCAGCUAGCGAGUUAAUAAUUAGAAGCGGAAAGAGUAAGAGCAUCAUUAUCUUCACUGCAGCUAGCUUAUUAUAGUUGUUAUGUCGGGUGUAUUCAACUGCCCCUUUUGCGGAUACAAGGAUUCCGUCGAAUACAGCAUCCUACUUCACCUGGAGGUCCAUCAUAGCGAGGGCAAAUCCCCGUUCGUGCCGGAUGAAGCGCAUAAUGCAGCUAGGCCGGAGGUAGAAGCUACCGUCGCUAAGGAGGAGCUUACCGAGUAUUUCCAAUGCCCGGUCAAGAGCUGCGGUGAGAUCAUGCACCUGGAUCGGUUAGACGACCACCUCGAAUUGCAUAACGCGGAGCAGGUCGGGAAUGUGGCUGAAGGAUCGAAUGCUGGCGAGCUAAGGAGCGCGUCGCCGGAGAGCGGCUCUCAAUCUUCUCCUGCGCGAACCCCGGGACCUAGCCGAGCCAAGCCCGAUGUACCGGUCGGCCCUGCUCCGAGCGCUCCACCGCUCAACACGACCGGGGACUACCACAUAAAAUCAUCUAAACCCGUUAGGAGACUUGGAAAAAAAGAACUCGGCGCGUACUACAACGAGGAGAGAAUGCCGCGCUGGCUCGAGGAUUUGCUGAGGAAACGCGGGUAUAAGAGCUCACAAGGCGUAAUACCCGUCCUCGCACAGCUCCUGCAUCAGAACAAGUACACGCAAUACGCGUAUCUCUGUCACCCGGAAACGCAACACAUCUCCAAGCUUAGAAACGAGGGCAGCUUCUGCGGUUACAGGAAUAUCCAGAUGCUGAUAUCGUAUAUCGUUGGUACGGGCACGACGGGUGCUGCGGCUUUCGAGAACACUAUCCCGAGUAUCUUCCAGAUCCAGGAUCUCAUCGAGAACGCCUGGGAUCAGGGUAUUCACGAAGAUGGCCGGACAGAACUCGGUGUCCUUAGGGGCACGCGCAAGUAUAUCGGAACACCAGAGGCCCAGACGCUGUUCGCAAGUUUAGGUAUACAAUGGGACAUGCAAACGUUCAAGAACCGUCCGGGAGAACCGCCUACUGCUUCGGAGAACAGGAUGUACGACGCCGUGGAAGAGUAUUUCGCGACGGCGCCAAGCGUCAAUAUGCAGAGUAAGGUCCGCAACACGAUGCGACCACCGAUUUAUUUACAGCAUCAGGGCCACUCUAUGACCAUCAUCGGCAUAGAGCGUCAGCCCAGCGGCAACCGGAACCUGAUCGUCUUCGACCCGUCCUAUGGGGACCCGUCCAACAUCACGCGACACAUCGACGGCACAAGGCCCGUCGAGUACAACCAUCACCCGGACCGCGCGCUCAAGCUCUACCGCCGCGGCCCGAGGUACCUAAGCAAGUAUCAAGCUUUUGAGCUCAUGAGGCUAAAAGAAUAAUCAAUCAUCUUCCAACUUGAAUUUUUUUUCUUCUUCGGUCGCGUGACCAAAUCAACUACCUAAUCCCGGCACAGCAGACAUUUUACACAGUCGGAUAUCUUCGGCGUCUAAGGAGGCGGGUUAUAACGGAGUUGAGAUAUUAAGCAUACCGUAUUGUAUCCAAGUAACGAGUUAGCGUUCUAAUAUGUAGAAUCGAGGCGGCUAGUGAAGCUUUAGAAAUAUAAAAUGCUUUAUUUA